AUGGCGCCAUUCCCUACCAUAGCGAAGGUCGAGUCCUUCGUGCCCUCGAGCAAAGGAUCGGGGGGCGACUAUCACAGGCAAGGCAAAGGCCACUGGAUUGUUGACACGUACAUUUCCAAUCCCAUGUCCCAGUAUGAGGAAUACCGGGCGUCGCGGACGUCCUGGGGCAUCGGUGUUCUGGGCUCCUUGUUUGUCAAAGUCACGGCCAGUGAUGGCACGGAAGGCAUUGCAACAGGCUUCGGUGGCCCUCCCUCCUGUUGGCUGAUCGAAAACCACUUCAAGCAGUUCGUCGUAGGAAAAGACCCGCGAGACCUCAACCUUAUGUGGGACCAAAUGUUCAAGGCAAGCAUGUUUUACGGCAGGAAGGGUAUUACACUGGCCACGAUCUCCGUCGUUGACCUCGCCAUCUGGGAUCUCUUGGGAAAACUUAGGGGCGAGCCGGUGUACAAGAUGAUAGGAGGCCGAACAAAGGAGAAGAUUCCCUUCUAUUGCACCGGCCCUCUUCCCAACGAGACGAAGCGCAUGGGCUUCUGGGGCGCCAAAGUUCCUUUGCCGUAUUCCCCCUCAGAGGGACCGGAGGGGUUGCGGAAGAACGUGGAAUUCCUGAGGAAACACCGUGAAUCCGUUGGACCUGACUUCCCGCUCAUGGUCGACUGUUGGAUGUCGCUCAAUAUUACAUACGCAGUGGAAAUCGCGCAGAAGUGCAUCGACGAGAAGAUCGAUAUCUACUGGUGGGAGGAAGUCUUGCACCCCGACGACUUUGACGGGCACAAGCUGCUCAAGGAACGCAUGCCCACGGUACGCUGGACAACGGGCGAGCACGAGUACUCCCGCUAUGGACACCGCAAGCUUAUUGAAGGUCGGUCCAUCGAUAUCAUCCAACCUGACGUGAUGUGGAUCGGAGGCUUGACGGAGCUACUCAAGGUCAGCGCCAUGGCUAGCGCGUACGACAUACCUGUUGUUCCGCACGGGUCAGGCCCAUAUAGUUAUCACUUCAUCAUGUCCCAGGCACACUCGCCAUUCUGCGAGUACAUCGCAAACUCGCCAGACGGGAAGUCCAUUCACCCGUGCUUCGGUGAUCUGUUUUUAAACGAGCCUCUGCCUAUCGGAGGCAUUCUCGAUGUCAGCGACGCACCAGGUUUCGGCCUCGAGCUGAAUCCCCAGGCUGUCCUGAUUCCAGCCGCGCAUCUCCUCACUCCUGCUCCAGAGAAGCCUCUCAGCGUACCUACUACUAACGGCACGCCGAAUGCUGCGCAUCGGGCGUGA